GACGCAGCAGGUCUUUCAGCCGCUGUUGUUGCUUUGACAGAGUAAACGGUCAAUCUAGCUUUGAUUUACAGCCGAACUCUUUUUGGUUUGAACUCCAACAACACGUUUGCACACUGUACUAUGGGAAAAGAAAGUAUCUGGCUACUUGUCAUCGGAUUUUCUCUCAUUUCGUGCGACCCUCUUUCUAAUUCCACCCAGGCACCUUCCUCAAGUAACACUACUGACUGGAUUGAGGACUACAGUAACAUUCAGUCCAAGUUCUCACUGCGACAUGUUGAGUUUCCUGAAGAGGACGUGUGCUACCUCGUCCCAGGAGAAAUAGGCACUGUAUUAGACUGCAACUUCAAGCCUGAUGCCCAGACCUUUCUGGUCAUCCAUGGCUGGUCGGUUGCAGGGCUGUUUGAAAGCUGGAUCCAUAAGCUGGUGUCUGCUCUGUUUGAACGCGAGCCCACUGCCAAUGUCAUCGUGGUAGACUGGCUGGACAGGGCCAGCCAUCACUAUCCCACCUCAGCUGAGAACACCAGAUUGGUGGGGAGGGAUGUGGCCAAGUUAAUCAACUGGUUGGAGGGUCUAGGCUAUCCACUUGAGAAACUGCACGUGUUGGGUUAUAGUCUGGGUGCACACGUGGCAGGCAUUGCAGGAAACCUCAGCAACAACAAAGUCAACAGAAUUACAGGUCUUGACCCAGCUGGCCCAACCUUUGAGCAUGCAGACACUUUGAAACGACUGUCCCCUGAUGAUGCUAAAUUUGUGGAUGUCCUGCACACUAACACAAGAGGCAGCCCAGACCUGAGCAUCGGCAUCCAGAGAACUGUGGGCCAUGUGGACAUUUACCCCAAUGGGGGCACCAUGCAGCCUGGCUGCAGCCUGCAGAACACCAUGAAGAUGAUUGCUACAUACGGCUUGUACAACAUGGACCAGCUGGUGAAGUGCUCGCAUGAGCGCUCAGUGCACUUGUUCAUUGACUCUUUGGUAAAUCAGGAUCAGCAGAGCCUGGCUUACCGCUGCAGCUCCAAAGAGGCCUUCUAUAAGGGCCUUUGCCUGAGCUGCCGCAAGAACCGCUGCAAUAAGCUAGGCUACAAUGUCAACAAGGUCCGAACAACCAGGAGCGCCAAAAUGUACCUCAAAACGCGGGAGAUGAUGCCCUACAAGGUUUUCCACUUCCAGAUUAAACUGCACCUCUUCAGCCAGAAGAAUAUGGCUCUGGAGAACCAGCCUGUUAAGAUUUCUCUGUUCGGAACUCGGGACCAGAGAGACGAUAUCCCCGUAGUUGUGCCCAGUAUGAUCACCAACACAACCAUCUCCUUCCUGGUGACAUCUGAUGUGGAUGUAGGAGAGCUGCUGAUUCUGAAGGUCCAGUGGGAGACAGAUUCAUACCUGCCUAGCUUCUUCAGUACCAACGAGUUCAACAUCCGCAAAAUGAGAAUUAAAUCUGGAGAGACACAAGCCAAGGUGAUUUUCAGACCCAAAGAUGUGGAGUUUGAGGAUCUCAUUCAGGGGGGUGACGCUGUGGUCUUUGUGAAAUCAAAAGAGCAUGAACAGAGCAAGAGAGAAGCAAGGUCACACAGACUUAAAAUGCAUGGCAGCUUCUUCAAGGAAGGUGUCAAUGAAUCAACAACAGAUGUGAAGAAAGAAGAAUCAGGGAUGCAGUCAACAGAGAAACCAGUGGAGGUGACCACAAAGAAGGCCACAAGUUCUUGAGACUGUGUCAGAACCUGGUUAGUGACUUAAAAAUACUGCUGUGAACUUUAAUGCUAUUUGCAAUCAAAUUAAAGAUUUCAGAUAUGUAAUCUCAGAAAAUAAAAAGGGAAUGUUGAACCUUGAAAUUUGAAAGAUGGAGUGAUUAUACUCAUUCUUAGUGCAUACCACAUCUAGGAAUCAGCAUGUCAGCUUGACCUUGAAGGCAGGCUUAGUAUAGACUUAUAUACUUAAUGGCUGUUAGUUAGUAUUAAAAAGUAAUAUUAUUUAACAAUAUUAUGUUACAUAUUACAUCAUAUAAUGUGAGUCCUGAUUGCGAUAUAUACUAUUAUGGCCUGCCUUCGUUUUUACAAUGACAUACUAAAUAUGUUAUAUAACUGUGAUUAAAUAUAGAAAUUCUUGCUACCUCUGCUUAGUAGUUCACUGGAAUUCAACAUUCCAAUUAGGAAGUUACACACAUUCAAAAGUUUGGAAUCACUUGCUAUAUUAAGCUUUGCGUUUUUUAUAUACGAUAUCUAACUUAUAUUGUUAUACUGACUAGUUAUAUUAAUGUUUUUAAUGUUAUUUAUAGUGCUAAUAAUGUUGUUUAUAUUUUGUUUACACGCACAAGACAUUAUAUUCAUUUAUCAAUUAUAAUUUGAUUCGUAAUGUUAUACAGCUUUCUGAGUCAUUUUAGAAGUCGACAUAUUUGCUGUACAGCUUUACAAUUUCCUUUUUACCCCUAGCUUCCUACUACUUAUUUGAAACCUGUGGAGAUGUGCAGGACUAUCACACCAGAAUCAUUUAAAAGAUGUAUCUGUAACAAUAUUGAAAACUCUUAAACUGUUAUUCCAAACUUUUGACUGGUAACGUAUGCAUGUUACUCAUUUAUUAUAAAAUCAAAUCGAUGCAAUGUCUAGUGAAAUGCUGUAUCUUCUGUUCUCAACAUCCAUGAAAUGUAUGACAUGCUUAUGUGUGUAAUCUGUCUAAUGUAUGUUUGUACUUCAACCAAGUUUCCUUGAUGUAUAUGUUCAUUAAGCAUGUAUAAAACUUAGUUUCUCCAUGUGAUAUGUAUAGCAUGUUUAGACUGGUUCUUGCAAAAAAUAUAUUUACAGGUUCCAAACCAAAUGUAUUAUAGUCCUAGUUUUGUAGUAUGUAUUUGUAGCCUUGUAGAUUUUAGCAGAGGUCACUUUUAAAGUCAUUGGUCUGAUCCUAACAAACUGACUUUUAAAAUCAUCCUUGUAUACAGAGGCCUUUGCAUUGUUUUCUGUGUAACCAGGAAUUAUGGUUUUCUUAAAGAAAUCACCCAGUAGGUAUAUAUUUAACAUGUAGAUCUACCUAAUACACAUUUGAACUGUAAAUAAUGUCUGACAAAUGUAAUCUUUCAGUAACAUGUGUUUUAAUAAAUGUAAAAUGUAAUGAGUUUUUGAA